UUAAGUGUCCCUUCGAAAUAGAUCCAAAAUGACCCCUUCUUCACUUUCGAUCUGUCCGUCCUUGAUCUCAGAUUUUGGAGAGAUGAAGCAACAGACAGCUGCUCCCUCCUACUGCUCAGAACAGACGUUAUAUUCAUACCACCAGUUUGCAGCCGGCGAAAUCCCCGAGGAACUUCUGACUACUACUAUUUUCUUUUCACAAGAAGCGACAGACUACUGAGCGUCAGGGUAACUCAAAACGGAUAAACCCACGUACAAUGAGGAGUAUAAUUUUCUGUAUUUUGUGUCUGCUGCUGCUGUUCACGUGGGUCCACGCUCAGUAUCAGCGGAGGCCCAUUUUUACGUGCGGAGGAAACUUUACUGCGGACUCUGGGUUCAUCGGUAGCGAAGGGUACCCGGGAGUGUAUCCCCCAAACACGAAAUGCGUGUGGAAAAUUACGGUCCCCGAGGGAAAGGUCGUCUCCCUGUCCUUCCAGUUCAUCGACCUGGAGAGUGACAGCCUGUGCAGAUAUGACCACGUCGACGUGUACAGCGGGCACGUCAACGGGCAGCGGCUCGGCCGCUUCUGCGGAACCAUCAGGCCCGGCGCCCUCGUCUCCAGCGGCAACAAGAUGCUGGUGCAGAUGGUGUCCGAUGCCAACACGGCGGGGAGCGGCUUCAUGGCCUCGUUCUCCGCUGCGCUGCCAAAUGAACGAGGGGACAGGUACUGUGGGGGACGUCUGGACAAACCCUCAGGCUCCUUGAAGACCCCCAACUGGCCAGAGAAAGACUAUCCUGCUGGAGUCACCUGUUCUUGGCACAUUGUGGCACCUAGAAACCAGAUCAUUGAGUUAAAGUUUGAGAAGUUUGACUUGGAGAGAGACAACUACUGCCGCUAUGACCAUGUGCUGAUUUUCAAUGGGGGAGAGGUUGAUGACGCCAGAAGAAUCGGAAAGUUCUGUGGAGACAGCCCCCCAGCCCCAAUCCUAUCUGACGGGAACCAGCUCCUGAUUCAGUUCUUUUCUGACCUGAGUCUGACUGCAGAUGGAUUUAUCGGUCACUACAAGUUCAGGCCAAAGAAAUUCAAAACCACAGUCGCACCCCUGACAGUCUCUACCCCAGCGGCCACGACCCAAGCCAUAGUAUUGAAUUAUUCAGCUGCUCUGUGCCAGAAAAAAUGCAAGCGGAGUGGCACUCUGGAGAGCCACUACUGCAUAAGUAACUUUGUGAUAACGGGCACAGUCAUCACAACAGUGGCAAGAGGGGGCAGUGCAUACGUCACUGUCUCCAUCAUCAACAUGUACAAGGAAGGAACGCUUGCCAUCCAGCAAGCGGGCAAGACCAUGAGUGCCAAGAUUGUCAUCCUGUGCAAAAAGUGUCCUUUUAUCAGAAGAGGUUUGAAUUACAUUAUCAUGGGCCUGACGGAUGAGGAGGGCCGGGGCAUAGUAGGUCCUCAGAACUUUAUGCUGGCCUUCAAGGCUAAGAACCAAAGGAUCCUCACCGCCCUGAAGAAUCUGCGCUGCUGAGCAUUUUGAGCACCAAAUAACAGAUCCUGGAUCAGCUCAGCCAGCCCCAGGCAUAAUGUGUUAAAAAGAUGAAGCUGGCCCAGGGUUAGAGCUUUGGGGGAGGGGGAACCUGUAUCCUUCCUCAUGAAACCACAGCAUUUGCUACAAAGACUACUCUUUUGAAACUGAUGUUGUAAAAUAUGAAAUUCAGAAUGUGAGAAAUACAUAUGAAAUCAUGCAUAGUCUGUUUACCCUUUAAUAAAAGCUGAGAACGUUGUGGAGCUCACUUUAUAUAUAUAUUUGCACAGACUGACAGAGUGUAUUCUCCCUGAUCCUCGUGUGCAUGUCAGUUUGGGAGAUCACUGAGAAACUACAAUGCACUUCAAUCAGUAGAAUGCACUGUAGUUUCUCAGUGAUGGCCCCAAACUGAAAUACACAGGAUUAGGGAAAAUACAAUUUGUCAGGACUUAGUACAGUAUGGAUGUAUUAUAGUAUGCAGAACAUGUUUAAUUAUGUUGUAUUUCUUUGCCCGAAAUGUUUGUUGUAUUAUAAAGUAUGUUCAGGAUACUAAAAUAAAUCCUAAAAAGAACUGAAGCACAAUGAAAAAUUUAAUUCUUAUAUGAGAACUGUAUACUCUGUUUGAGGCAUAAAACAUGGGACAUUGUUGUACAGUAUGUGAUUAUACAGUUUUCAAGAGAAAAAAAGUUAAUGUAUUUUGUAAGAAAUUGAUUAUUUUGUUUCUUGGUUUAGCAUUUAGUUCCAGUACAUGCUUUUGCAUUUUUUAUUGUAUACGAAAAGAGAUUUUCAUACAGACACUGUAAUUUUAUUUACUGUAGCUUUAAUUUUAACAUGACAUGUAGAGAACAUAUUUUGAAAUGGAAAAGUCCUUAUAUUUAUAUGUAUCUUAUUCUAUUUACCUGGAAAUACAUUUAUUUUAGAACCGGUGCCUGAACUAACUGGUCGUGAAUAAAAGGGACAGUAAAUCAUUUUAAAUGAA